UUCUAAGAUUGAUAAUAACAUUUAAAUUUGUAUUCGUCUAAAUAUCAAUAAAUUGUGUUAUUUUGAUUCGAUUUAAUCGCAAAAAAUAUAUCAAAAUAUUGUGUCACACCAAUCUAACUUACCCAUAGCAACGGUUGUUUCUAGGCUCAACAACAUUCAGUGUGCAGUUCUUGAAGAACUUUGAACAUUCCAACAAAAUGACAACUGUUCGGAGACUGACUGCUUCUGAGAGGGAACGGCAGUUACAGAACUACCGUCGGCAUGAAGAAGUACGAGAAGACACCAUCCGUCAGUUGGGCACCCAGAAGUUGUUGGAAGCUAAUAUGAGUAAUGAAGAAAAACUCUCAGAGAAACGUUACAUCAGACGAAUGAUGAUGGAGCAGAAAGAGAGAGAUAUGGAGGACACAAUUCUCAAGGCACAGAGAGAUAGAUUGAUCAGAGAAGAGCAAAUGUUACAAGAAGAAAGAUUGGCUCAGGAAAUGGAGAAACAUAAACUAGAAGGAAUGAGAGAUGAAAAAAUGAGACAACAAAUUAGAGAAACAAGUCUUGAACUUCGAGAGCUGGAAUCCAAACUUAAGGCAGCUUACAUGAACAAAGAAAGAUCAGCACAAAUCGCUGAGAAAGAAGCACUGAAAUUUGAUAAGAUGAAACGGGAUUCUGAGAUUUCCCGACAGAUGAAGGAGGAACAUGAGAGAGCAGGCGAGGCUGAGAAACAGAGGGAGGUAGAACGAUACAAAGAACAGAUCAGAUAUCAACAGGAAUUAGAGAGACAGCUUGAGGAACAGGAACACAAGAAACAACAGGCUUACGAGGAAUUCCUCAAGGAGAAACUCAUGAUUGACGAAAUUGUCAGGAAGAUUUAUGAGGAAGACCAAAGAGAAAGAGAACUUGCUAUGGCCAAACAGAAAGCUACACAAGCCUACAUUGAAGACUUCAAAAAUUCAAGGGAGGAAUGGAAAAUCAGAGAGAGACAGCGCAUGGAGGAGGAAAAUAUUAAAAUCAGGGAGUUCGCGAGACUACAACAAUUACGGGAAAAUGAAAGAAUGGAGAGUAAAAAAGCCAAAGAAGCAUCCAUGGCCCGUGUUCAAGAGGCUUUGGCACAAGAUAUUUCUAGAAAGGACGAAGAAAGGGAAGAAAUGGAGAGAGUCAGAAUGGAAUUAUACCAGGAAGAACAAGAAGAGAGAGAGAGACAAAAAGAAAGAGAAGACAUGGAGAAGCGUAUUAGGCAAAAGUUGGAGUUACAAGAAACACAUGCUCAACAGAUGCACUUCAAAAAUCUACGGAGGAAGGCAGAGGACGAUGAAGAAGAAGAAUUUAGAAGACAGAUGUUGGCCAAAUUUGCAGAGGAUGAUCGCAUAGAACAAAUGAAUGCCAACAAACGUAGAAUGAAACAGCUGGAACACAAGAGAGCAGUUGAGGACUUGAUUGAUAGAAGAAGGGACCAGUUUGCUGCCGAUCGUGAACGAGAGGUAGCAGAAAGACGUGAAGACGAGAGAAUGGAAGGCUUCAGGAGACAGAUCAUUGAAGAAGAGAGACAGAAAUUGUUAAAGGAACAUGCAAUGAGACUGUUAGGCUAUCUACCAAAGGGAGUGAUACGAGACGAAGGAGAUUUAAACAUGUUAGGAGGAGAUUUUAAAGACGCCUACAAAGCCAGACAAAUAGACCCUUUUGAUGAUGAGGCAUGGGACCAACGACGAUGAAUACGGCUAUCAAAUUAGUUUACAUUCUGUCCAUAAAACCUUUAUUUAUUGUAUACUUCAUCUUUUGUGAAGAAGAAAAAAAUGUAUCUUGUUUGUUAAAGAAGUCUUGAAAGUUGAAUUAUUACAAAAGAUAAGAUAAAAGAUCUCAAAAUAGUUCCUCAAAUAGAUACAAAAAGGACAGAUUUCUUAUUACCUUAUUUGCAGAAGUUUCAUUUCUUUAUAACUCCAGUCUAAAAACUGUUCUAUAUUAAGAUGCGGAAUACUGCCAUAACUGAUCUAUUUCCAAAGAUCUAUUUAUUAUAAGCAGCAAAUUUCACCAUUUUUGGAAUUUAAGAAAAUUAUAAUAUCAUUUUAUUAAGACAAAAUAAGUUUCAGCUGUCAAGGUUUUUUUUUUAUCUUUCCAAAAAAGAAAGUUUGCAUUUUAAAAAGAGUGUGAACUAUUAAAUUUUAUUGAAAAGAUUAAUACAUAUUGAAGCUAUUAGAUAUUUCAUGGCUCAAUUUGAAUAUAGUUUGAAAUUAGAUUAGUUCAAUUAUAGAAGUAAAAGUAAUCAAAGAAAAAAUGAUUAACAUUACUUUUCUACAAACUUUAGUAGGGAAUAUGGCUUAGCAGAACCUAUUUACUUAGCCAAUGCUAUUGAAAAUUUGGUUGGGCCCUAACUUGAUAUAGAAUAGUCCAUAUGGUCAGUUGGGCCCUUGGAGCAAAAUUUUAAAUCUUAUUUUAUGGAAUCUUGCUGUAUUCCUAUAAUACAUACAGUGUAUGUCAAAUGAAUCUUAAGUGCUUGUCAAAAUGGGUGGACAAUGUCUUCAAAAAUCUGUGUUAUUAAUCCUAUAUUCUUUUUUUUUAAGAUGGUAUGUAUGGAAGGGUGUGGGUGUGUGUGUGUAUGACUGUGCUAUGAGAAGUAAAACGACCAAAUCAUGUGUGAAAUAGUUUUAAUAGGUGUGAGGGAGAACUACUCAUGAAUAUUCAAAACAAUUAUGAGGAAAAACUUCUCAUGAAUAUUCAAGAAAAUUAUGACUGCUUGAAUACAUAUUGUUCUUAAUAUUUGAUGAAUAUUUAUACAUAUCUGUUUUUUAUAGGUUAUUUUACAAUUGUAAAUAAUUAUUAAACUGAAAGUGAAAACCUGA